AUGGCCCGACUCCGAUCCAAUCCAGUGGGGGCUGUACUAUCGUGCUGGUGGCUUUGCCAUAGUUUGGUUGCCGGCGACUUUACCGUGACAUCUGAUCUCGACGCCUACGAGAAACUCGCAGACGACAACAAUGGCUUCCCUCACCAGACCUUUCGCUCCUCCGACAUUAAGGGCCCCGUUUUUCAUAUCAACCAUUGGGACAAAAACCUCACCGACGACACUCCCUACAUCUUCAUCGGCACGAACUACGGCAAGAUUGGCGCGGGCGCCGGUCCCAUGAUUAUCGACGCGUCCGAUCUCAGCCUCGUCUAUGCCGACCAGUCGUAUACCAAUAACUACCAUUCCGAGAUGCAGACCAUCCACGACAAGCCGCACCUCACCUACUGGGCGAAGGACCGUGACCUCGGCGGGGUACACGUCGUUGUCGAUGAAAAUUACAACAAGAAGUACAAUGCGACAGCGGUAUCUCCCCAUUACGAAGACAUGCACGAGUUCCAUGUCACUAAUGAGGGCACCGCCGUCUUCACAACGCAUCAUCGAAUCGACUUUGACUGCAGUCUCUGGGGUGGGUCGAGCAGUUGCCAUGUACACGACACGGGGUUCCAAGAGGUCGAUUUGGAGACCAACGAGGUUCUCUUCGGUUGGUGGGCGGCUGAUCACUUUGACCCGGCUGACUCAUACGCGCGAUUUGUCGCCGGUGACUUUGGGCUCAAUUCCGAGAGGGAGGGCAACUAUGACUUGUCGCACAUGAACGGCACCGAAGACGGCAACUAUCUCAUCUCCAGCCGACACUUCUUCUCCGUCCAGCUCAUCGACGGAAAAACGGGUGAGCCCAUCUGGACGCUCGGCGGGAAGAAGAAUUCGUUUACGGAUCUGAGCAACGGUAGCGCCACGAACAUUGGCUGGCAGCAUAACGCUCGCUUCUACCACAACCACAGUCAAAUCACCUUGUUUGACAACCACAACGAAAAUCAAGGCGACUGUGGCGACCACUGCGAGACGCGCGGCCUCCAUGUCGAGAUUGACACCAAGGAGAUGACCGCGCGCGUUAUCCGCGAGUACUACCAUCCAGGACACCUCGACUCAGGCGCCAUGGGAGGCAUGCAGCUCCUGGACAGUGGUAACGCCAUUGUCGGCUGGGGCUGGACGCCUUCUAUAGUCGAGUACGCGAGCGACGGCCAGGUGGCCAUGGACAUACAGCGGGGCAAGGUGGGUAUUGGCAGACAGGGCAACAUGUUCAUGUACCGCGUCAACAAGGGCCACUGGACCGGUCGCCCCACCUGGCCGCCGAGUUUUGUCGUCGACGAGGACGAUGGCAAUGCGACCAUCUACAUGUCCUGGAAUGGCGCAACCGAUAUCGUCAAGUGGUUCAUUUUCUCGUCAGAACAAUCCGACAAAGUGAACGACAUUGAGCACCUUUUUACCGCGCCUCGCACAGGUUUCGAGACGUCGGCCUCUAUCAAGGCCGACGAGCUUUCACGCUUUGUGCGCGUGGCGGCCGUUGAUAAGGCCGGUAGCGUCCUCGGCGUGUCUGACGUUUUCGACCGGCAGGCUGAGUACACAGACGACGUCGCUUCUGGGGAUGCCGACGGACGUAUUAAGAUAUCCUCCUUAGCCAUAGGCAGUAUCUUUGCUAUUCUUCUCAUAACCUUUAGUACCGCCUUUGGGCUACUUAUCUACCGACGUCGACGAG